AUAUGCAUUUUUAGUGUCUGUAUAUACAAGUCGUACAAAUCCAGUCUCUCUUUUCUGUCUCUCACUAUAUAUAUAUAGCUAAAUGUUUUAGUUUAGUCUCACAACAGUUUUCCAGAGUGAGAGAGAGAGGGAGAAGAAGAUCACACUUAAUUUCCUCUUGUCUCUCUUCUUCUUCUACUUCUUUGUUUUUUUCUUUGGUUUUUUCUCGGUAAUACAUAAACUUUGCUCUCGGUUCUCAGAAAAUAUAUUUUUUUUAUUGUUGUUCUUGGUUUCUCCGGCUCUUUCCACUUGAACCAAGUUCGACAGUAAAGAGGGGGAAAAUGAGUAGUGGUGUUGGAGAAACGGAAGAGAGACUGUUAAAUGGGUCAGAGACAGAACAGAGGAGAGAAAGUCUCUACCUGAGAAAGAAGAUUUGGAGUGAAGUAGGAAAGAUGUGGAGAAUAGCUUUACCAUCGACUUUGUUCAGAGUGAUGUCGUAUGCUUGCAUAGUGGUAGCUCAAGCCUUUAUUGGCCACUCCAGUGAAACGGGUCUUGCUGCUUAUGCUCUCAUUCAAAGCACUUUCAUUCGUUUCAUCUACGGUGUUAUGGCGGGUAUGUCAAGUGCGACGGAGACGCUAUGUGGACAAGCCUACGGAGCACAACAAUAUCACAUGAUGGGGGUAUAUCUACAACGUUCUUGGAUAGUAGACACCUUCACGGCCACUCUCUUUGUCCCUUUGAUCAUCUACGCGGGUCCUAUUCUUCGGUUACUAGGCCAAAACAUUGAGAUUACCAAGACCGUAGACGAGAUCUACCCUUUGUUCAUUCCUUAUCUAUACAGUAUCGUAUUCACCAUGACGAUGCAGAUGUAUCUCCAAGCACAGAUGAAGAACGCCAUCAUAGGCGUUCUCUCUACCGUAGCCUUGGUUGUGGACAUUGUGGCCACGUGGUGGUGCGUGAGCGUGAUGGGGAUGGGAAUCAAUGGUGCGCUUCUAGGACUUAAUAUAAGCUCGUGGUCAAUGGUAAUAGGCGAGUUGGUGUACGUGUUUGGGGGGUGGUGCCCGCAUACUUGGACCGGCUUUAGCACUGCUGCUUUUGUUGAUCUUAUUCCAAUGCUCAAGUUAUCCAUUUCAUCUGGCUUCAUGCUUUGCUUAGAGUAUUGGUAUAUGAGCAUCAUUGUCUUAAUGUCUGGAUAUACUGAGGAUGCGAAUAUUGCAAUUUCAGCAUUUUCCAUAUGCCAAUAUAUAUACACCUGGGAGAUGAACAUAAGCUUUGGCUUGUUGGGUGCAGCAUGUGUACGAGUAGCAAACGAGUUAGGGAAAGGAGAUGCAGAAGCGGUGAGGUUCUCGAUAAAAGUGGUGCUUGUGGUAUCAGCGGUGAUUGGUGUGUUAUGUUCUGUUCUUUGCCUAGCGUUUGGUGGUCAGAUUUCGUAUCUGUUCUCGGAUAGCCCCCGAGUUUCAGAUGCAGUCGCUGAUCUCUCCAUUGUCCUUAGCAUAUCCAUACUCUUUAACAUCGUCCAGCCCAUUCUCUCUGGGGUAGCUAUCGGAGCAGGAAUGCAAAGCAUGGUAGCAUUUGUGAACUUAGCAACUUAUUAUGGAGUCGGUAUUCCCUUCGGGUUCAUCCUUAUUAACAUUUUCAGUUUUGGUGUUAAGGGACUGUGGUCAGGAAUGUUGACUGGAGUCGGUAUGCAAACACUGAUAUUGUCUUAUGUUAUUUACAAAACUGAUUGGGAAAUGGAGGUAAAGAAGACGAACAAACGUAUGGAAACCUGGACUCUAAAGUCACCUUCUGUAGAACCGAGUCCUAUCAUGACGAGAGAUGAAGAGAGAAAGUGAUUAUACAUAUACAUAUAAUAUUUAAAUCAUUUUAAGAAGUUUUUACAAUACUCUUUGUUUUUGCAUUCGCUUAAGAAAAUGAAGUAUCUGUGUUGAGGUUGCAUUAUUAGCUUAGUGCAACUCUCGUAACUUUGAAAAGAGGUCAAUAAGGUCUAUCUUCCUUUUUCACUC